UUGAGGGUGUGCAACCUAAAAUGGCUACUUCGGACGGACUCCACUAUAUUGAACUGUCAAAGUCGCCAAUAAGGUUCGAACCCAUCAGUAAAGUGACGAAUGUGUUCUACGAUGAUGCAAAUCAACAGGUAUUUGCUGUUAGAUCUGGUGGAUCAAUGGGAGUAGUUGUGAAGGGGCCAAAUGAUAAAAAUGGCAUCACAUUUAGAAUGGAGGACAGGGGUGAGGUUAUUUCUAUGAAAUUUUCACCAGAUAGACGAGUGUUAGCUAUACAAAGAUCAUCCAAGUCAGUGGAAUUUAUAAAUUUCCAAGAGGAUUUGACAACAGACACUGCUGAGUAUUCACAGACAUGUAAGGGAAGAUCAAAUCAAAUUAAAGGAUUUGUUUGGACUAAUGUUGGAGAGAUAGCUUUUGUAACAGAGCAGGGCAUUGAGCUGUUUCAGAUAAAUCCAGAGAAAAAAACGUUGAAAAAUUUGAAAUCAAUGAGUAUUAGUAUAGGAUGGCAUGUAUGGAUGUCACGAAGCGAGGGCGGACUCCUAUUGGUAGCUACUGGUCAACUGGCCAACAAUCUGCAGCCUGUAUAUUUUAAUCCUGGGGCAAUGACAAAGUUACCAAAGUUUGAAGUAGAUCUACCAACACUUCCUAGACAACAAAAACAGCCGCUGAUGGAGCGAGAUGUCACAAUAGCUUACAUAUAUGGGCAGCUGUACAUUAUUGUAUUACGUCAUCAGCCUAGACCUGGUGUGGCGGGGGCGGAAGUUGUCUUAUACCAGAUACAACAACACAAGGAGGCUCCAGCUAAAAAGACUAAUGUGUUAAAGUUGGAAAUGAGCGGUAGAUUUGCUAUAAAUGUGGUGGACAGUCUUAUUGUUGUACAUCACCAGGCUUCUAAGACAUCUGUGAUAUUUGAUAUUCACUUGGAUGGGGAAACAGAUGGCUAUGUAACGACUCAUUACCCAGUGGUGUCACCUUUACCAAUCAAACCAUUUAAGCUCCUCCUUCCAACGUUGAAUAUACAGCAAGGUCAGGAGAAAAUGGAGUACACAUGUGAACUUUAUUCUGCCAACUGGAUUGUGUUCCAGCCAGACAUUGUCAUAGAUGCAAAACUAGGAUGUCUUUGGAAUGUAGAACGGCAACUUGUCCCAUUAGUAACUAUGAUUCCAGAUAAGUGUCGCUUGAUUAAGUUCCUUCUUCAAAGACAAAACAGUAAAAGUGUGAUCCUAGAUGUAUGUAGACAGAUGCUGUUACCAGGGCAACAAGCUAGGCUACCUGUGAUAUCCCGUGUUGUAGAUAUGCUGAAUCAGGUCUACAAAACUCACUUGGAGGCAGAGAUGCUGGCCCUGGCCAGUGAAACUGCUAGUCAACCAGAUGUACACAGGAGAGUAAUCAUUGAUCAAUCAGACAUGUACACCUGUGUUUUCUCUGUACUGGAAGAUAAUGUUGUAAGUUCUUUUUAUUGCAAAUUGGAAAUUGAAUUCUUGUUCCAUUCACAAUAUUUCUCAAAAUAUAAUUUAUCAGUAUAUAUUAUCCUGUUUUAUUUUCAGCACUAUCUUUAUGAAUUAAUCAUCAACAUCCUAGUACACAACAACUGUUUCUACCAGUUACAUCAGUUCCUACAGUAUCAUGUGCUUAGUGACUCAAAACCUCUUGCAUGUUUGAUGCUGUCAUUGGAAAGUGUUUAUCCACCUGCCCACCAGCUUGCAUUAGACAUGCUUACAAGACUGGCUACUGCCAAUGAAGAGAUUAUAGAAGUUUUGUUAUCUAAACACCAACUUCUCCCAGCUGUGAGAUUUAUAAGAAAGGCAGGUAUCACUGACACAGUCUCAUCCAGAAAAUUUCUAGAAGCUGCCAUGAACACAGAGGACAAUCAGCUAUUUUACACAGUCUUCAAAUUCUUUCAACAAAGAAACAUUCGAAUGAGAAGCAGUCCAGUAUUUCAACCAGGAGAGCACUGUGAACUUUAUGUUAAACAUUUUGAGAAGUUGUUUGGUGCAGAUGCAUUAAUGCCAUUCUCUAGUUCAACGUAGGCCAUAACUGGAAAAUGUUUUCAUAGGUAAGUAAAUAAAAAGAAAGACAUGUGAUAACAGGAAAAUAGGACAAUAUUAUAUGACAUAAAGAGGACAAAAUAAUAUAUCAGCAUAACUGAAUAAGAUGGUAGCAAAAGGGCAAGGCAAUAUUUUAGAAAAAUAGGACAAAAUUAGAUGAUAGAAUAAGACAAUGUAACAUUACAGGAAAAUAGGACAUUGAAAAAUUUCAGCGAAGGACAAAGCAAUAUUACUGAAAAAUAGGAUAAUAUUGAAUUAUAGAAUAGGACAAUGUAAUAUUUCAGGAAAAUAGGACAUUUUAAGAUGAAAACAAAGAGGAAAAAGUAAUAUUAUUGGGAAAAUAGGACAAUAUUGAAUGACAGAAAAGGACAAUAUAAUAUUACAGGAAAAUAGGACAUUUUAAGAUGAAAACAAAGAAGAAAAAGCAAUAUUUUUGGGAAAAUAGAAGAUUCAAGAUUGCUGCAAAAAUAGAACUUUACAAAGUGGAUGAAAAAUAGAAUAGAACUAUUCAUUAUGUUUUUAAUAUGACUUCAGCAGUUGUUGCUAUAGUUUGUAUAUAAGGAUUGAAGACUUGUAAGAAUGGCAAAAUAUAGGACCAUGCAUCAUAUAAGUAAUA